AAAAACCAAAUUCUACAAGAAAUGAAAGUGCUAAGUCAACUCAUAAAACUACGGGUACGUAGCAAAACAGAAAUGUUGACCCCACAUAGUCAGAUCUUAAAAUUAGGGGUGGGAAAAAAAACCAAACCGAACCGAAACAAACUGAUAAUCCAACCGAAGUUAAACUGAAUCAAACCAAACCAUGUUCUUUACAUAACCUAAUUGGUUACUCAACCCGAAUGGUUUGGGUUUUGUUUGGUUUUAAACCGAACCAAACCUAUAAACCCAAUAUGUUUUUAUCUAUUAAUAAAUAAUAUAUAUUGUGAAAUUAUUUAGUUAGAACUCCAUUUUCCUUUUUCUCUUAACUUCUAUAUUUUUGUAAGUUAUAAAGAAAAUAAUAGUAUUAUAUAUACACUCUAAUUCUAAGCAUAAUAUGUAAUACCUAAAAAUUGUACUAAAAACAAAACUUAAAAACUAUAAGCAUCUAAAAUCGUCGCAGUUUCUCUCAUUUAUCGUAGAUUCUCCAAUUUUAGCUGUUUAAACGUAAGAUUAUCUAACAUAAGUUCUUCUAGGAUUAAUAAAGACUAAAAUAUAUGCAAAUACUCUAUUAGUUAAACAAUUUUAGAAUGCUUAUAAAUCUUCGUUACCAACAUUUUUCAUAACCAAACUAAACUAAAUCCAAAAAAAAACCAAACCAAAGCUAUUUUGGUUUUAAUUGGGUUAAGUUUUACAAAAUCUAAAUUAACCAAACCAAACCGAACUCAAACAGAACCCAAAAUUAAAUCGAUAUGCUCACCGCUACUUAAAGUACCUCCAAAGAAGCGUUUUUAAUAUCUAAUAAUUAAAAGUAAAGAAAAGAAACAGAAAGUAAAAUAAAAAAUGAGAAUGAGUUCACACACUUGAUGAACUUUCAGAACUCCAAUAAAACUUUUAUUCCACGUGUCAGCAUUUCGCUAUUUUAAUUAUCUAAUAUAAAUAUAAAAUCAAAUGUUUAAUUAAUGCUUAUUAAAAUAAUAAUUUCUUUUUGUGAGAACCUUCUUUUGAAUAUCUGACUGAUAAGCCUGCUCUUACUAACUAAACCAAAGUCAUAAUAUUAACUAGACAGACCUUAUUAAUAGUUACUAUUAAUAAAUAAUCCUUGCGGUAUAUUGUAACCUUUCGUGUGCCUCCCCGUAGACGACCAACACAUCAUUUAUUUAUAAAAGUUCAAAAACCAAAGUUUCUCUCUCCCUCACUUUUGCCCUUUUCUCUCUCUCUCUCUCUCCUUCCUUCCUUCCCGUAACCCUUCCCCUCCCUUCCUUCCUUCCCCCAUAAGCAAAGAUUACAAUCUCUUCCACCUUCGUAGAUUUAGCCAUGGGAUGCUUCGGCCGCACGGGGAAAUCCAGCAAACGUUCCGAGACGAAGAAGAAGAACAAUGAUUUCGCCAAACAUAAUAAACUCGAAAUCGACGCAAACUGCGUUCGUAAGAGCGCAGAUCGCGAUUCACAAACGCAACCUAACUUGGACGUGAUCUUGUUUGUGAAUUGUUGUUUAGAGGGCAGUCCAUGUGGAGAUGAUGUGAACAAGGAGGUACCUUCUGAGGAGGAUCAGUUUUCUUUGGACGCAAAGGAUUCAAAUGUGGAAGAUGAAGUUUCAGGGAAGAGAGCAAUGACUUUUACCUUUGAAGAGCUCUCUGUUUCUACAGGAAACUUCAGGUCUGAUUGUUUACUAGGUGAAGGAGGUUUUGGAAAAGUAUACAAGGGUCUCAUCGAGAGAAUCAAUCAGGUUGUUGCAAUCAAGCAACUUGAUCGAAAUGGUGCUCAAGGAAUUAGAGAGUUCGUGGUGGAAGUGAUGACACUAAGUCUCGCUGACCAUCCCAAUCUUGUAAAGCUUAUAGGGUUUUGCGCACAAGGUGUUCAGAGGCUAUUGGUCUACGAGUACAUGCCUCUAGGAUCUCUUGAAGAUCAUCUCCAUGAUCUUCCUAAUGGUAAAACCCCACUUUCUUGGAACAACCGGAUGAAAAUAGCGGCUGGUGCAGCGAGAGGUUUGGAGUAUCUUCACGAUACAAUGAAGCCUCCUGUGAUCUACCGUGAUCUUAAAUGUUCAAAUAUCUUGCUCGGUGAAGACUAUCACCCGAAACUCUCUGACUUUGGGUUAGCUAAAGUCGGACCAAGCGGGGAUGCAACACAUGUUUCCACAAGGGUUAUGGGAACAUACGGAUACUGUGCUCCUGAAUACGCAAUGACGGGUCAACUCACAUUCAAAUCAGAUAUCUUCAGUUUCGGAGUUGUCCUCUUGGAGCUUAUCACUGGAAUGAAAGCGAUUUACAAAACAAAAGCGCGUAAAGACCAGACCCUAGUUGGAUGGGCGCGUCCCUUGUUUAAAGAUAGGAAGAACUUCAAGAAUAUGGUUGAUCCAUUGAUGGAGGGAGAUUAUCCGGUGAGAGGAUUAUACCAAGCGCUUGCGAUAGCUGCAAUGUGUGUUCAAGAUCAGCCUGGUAUGAGACCGGUGAUAUCGGAUGUAGUAAUGGCUUUGGAUCACUUAGCUUCUUGCAAUUAUGAUGCUACUCACAGGGACAAGCAGACUAAUGUGAUUGAGACAAGGGUCGAUAAUGAAGAGAAAAGAGUGACCGAAUCUAAGUUUUGUAUGGAGGAAGAAAAACAAGAGAUCAAGAUUUGUUCAGCACAAGCAAAUUAAUCAACAACGGUUCUUUGUUUGGAAAAAAGAAAUAGUUAUUUUUAAAAAUUUGUAGAAUGCUUCGUUUAUAGGAGCAACAAUUUUGUUUCGAGCGAUAUUGUGGUUUCGUGUAAUUUCGAUUCUGGUUUCAGGGAAA